AAAGAGUAAUCGUUUUGUUUGUCGCAUUCUCCAUCUGCACUAUAACAGUAAUAUUAUGAGAAUUUUACUGUUUACAAUUACCUCUGCUAUAUAGCAGAAGUGGAAACGCAGCAUUGAAGUGAAGCGAAUCAAAUCUGGUCUUCUUCAGAUUCAAACUCCAUUCUCGAUGAACACGCUCUCACAGUCGCAGGUAUCUCUCUCUCUCUCUCUAUUCCUCGUUGCUCUUCACAUUCUACUACGCCUUUUCCCUUCAGCUAUAACCUACCUCGCUCUCAUUCCCGCCAAAACCAUCCCUUUUGCUUGGAACCUCAUAACUGCUGGUUAUCUUGAACAAUCUUCAUAUGGGGUUGUGCUCAGCACAAUUGGUCUUCUCUUCAUUGGGAAGCUGCUUCAACCGGUGUGGGGUCCCAGGGAAUUUCUCAGAUUCAUCUUUCUUGUUAACUUUCUAACUUCUCUCUGCAUUUUCACCACUGCUAUUGCUUUCUACUACAUUACCAGGCAGGAGCGUUACCUUUAUAUGCCACUCUCUGGAUUUCAUGGUGUUAUAUCUGGCUUUUUGGUUGGCAUCAAGCAAAUUAUACCAGAUCAAGAGAUUCCUUUCCUCAAGAUCAAAAUUAAGUGGUUACCGUCUAUCAGUUUAUUGUGUUCUAUGGCUAUGAGCUUCUGGACACAAGAGGCAACAGCAUAUCUUCCAACUAUAAUAUUUGGUACAUAUAUGAGCUGGAUUUACCUAAGAUACUGGCAGAGGAAACCAGAAACAAAACUUAAGGGUGACCCAAGUGAGGAUUUUGCAUUCUCUACCUUUUUUCCAGAGAUUUUUAGACCGGUUAUAGACCCUAUUGCAUCAAUAUUUCAUCGAAUGCUUUGUGGAAGAUCUGAGGCUUCUAGUGAUGCUCAAGGUUACACUUUAGGAGCUGAACCUUUGCCCGGUUCUGACCCCAUUGAGGCGUCUAGGAGACGAGAAAGGGGUGCCCGAGCAUUGGAAGAAAGGUUGGCUACUGCACGGAGUGAAGGGGAGCUGCAAACAGAUGCAGCAGGAAAGGUAUAAUCGUUAGCGUUUGUAAAUUCAGAUAAGUUCGGUUAAUGUGCAUUUAUCAUGACUACAAUUUCACGGGGGUACGGUAACAAGGAAUCUGUCUUCAAGGAAGACUUCAU